AUGCGCAAUGCGGCCAGCUUUUGGCCGCUCCGCGCAUCGCGCCGACCAGGCCGCCGCCGUCGCGAUGUGCAAUGCGGCCACACUGCUGGGCGCAUCAUGACGAUCCGCCAAGCCAAAAGCCCGCCGCUCAGUGCGUCGCGCCUCUCUGUCCACCGCCGAGACCAGUGUGCCCAUGCACUCUCGUCUAGCCUCCCCUCUCGUGCUCCCUUGUCUCCUACCCAUCUUUCUCUCGUGCUCCCUCGCAUGCCGUGUUAUCCCCGGCCAAAGCCUCGAUUAUGGCAAUUCCCUCUCUCGUGCCAGGCCACUCAUUCCCUCUCCAUCCCUCUCGCACACCCCCUCUCAUACACACUCAUCCCCUCUCCAUCCCUCUCGCACACCCCCUCUCAUACACACUCAUCCCCUCUCCAUCCCUCUCGCACACCCCCUCUCAUACACACUCAUCCCCUCUCCAUCCCUCUCGCACACCCCCUCUCAUACACACUCAUCCCCUCUCCAUCCCUCUCGCACACCCCCUCUCAUACACACUCAUCCCCUCUCCAUCCCUCUCGCACACCCCCUCUCAUACGCACUCAUCCCCUCUCCAUCCCUCUCGCACACCCCCUCUCAUACACACUCAUCCCCUCUCCAUCCCUCUCGCACACCCCCUCUCAUACACACUCAUCCCCUCUCCAUCCCUCUCGCACACCCCCUCUCAUACACACUCAUCCCCUCUCCAUCUCUCUCGCACACCCCCUCUCAUACACACUCAUCCCCUCUCCAUCCCUCUCGCACACCCCCUCUCAUACACACUCAUCCCCUCUCCAUCCCUCUCGCACACCCCCUCUCAUACACACUCAUCCCCUCUCCAUCCCUCUCGCACACCCCCUCUCAUACACACUCAUCCCCUCUCCAUCCCUCUCGCACACCCCCUCUCAUACACACUCAUCCCCUCUCCAUCCCUCUCGCACACCCCCUCUCAUACACACUCAUCCCCUCUCCAUCCCUCUCGCACACCCCCUCUCAUACACACUCAUCCCCUCUCCAUCCCUCUCGCACACCCCCUCUCAUACACACUCAUCCCCUCUCCAUCCCUCUCGCACACCCCCUCUCAUACACACUCAUCCCCUCUCCAUCCCUCUCGCACACCCCCUCUCAUACACACUCAUCCCCUCUCCAUCCCUCUCGCACACCCCCUCUCAUACACACUCAUCCCCUCUCCAUCCCUCUCGCACACCCCCUCUCAUACACACUCAUCCCCUUUCCAUCCCUCUCGCACAUCCCCUCUCAUACACACUCAUCCCCUCUCCAUCCCUCUCGCACACCCCCUCUCAUACACUCUCAUCCCCUCUCCAUCCCUCUCGCACACCCCCUCUCAUACACACUCAUCCCCUCUCCAUCCCUCUCGCACACCCCCUCUCAUACACACUCAUUCCCUCUCUUUCAUCCCCUCUCAUCCCCUCUCAUCCCCUCUCAUCCCCUCUCAUCCCCUCACAUACACUCUUAUACACUCUCAUACACUCGCAUUCACUCUCAUACGCUCUCAUCCCCUCUCAUCCCCUCUCAUCCCAUGUCACUCCCUCUAAUCCACUCUCAUACCCUCUCGUACCCACUCAUAUACACUCAUAUACACUCUCAUCCCCUCUUAUAGACUCCCAUACACACUCAUACACUCUCAUGCACUCUCAUUCACACUCAUCCCCUCGAAUCCCCUCUCAUCCCCUCUCAUCCCCUCUCAUCCCCUCUCAUCCCCUCUCAUCCCCUCUCAUAUACUCUCACACACUCUCAUACACUCUCUUACACACUCUCAUCCCUCUUCAUCCACUCUCAUACACUCUCAUCUCCUCUCAUACACACUCAUACCUCCUAAUCCGCUCUCAUCCACUCUCAUACACUUCCAUACACUCUCAUUCACACUUAUCCCCUCUUAUCCCCUCACAUCCCCUCUCAUCCCCUCUUAUGUCCUCUCAUCACUCUCAUUCCUUCUCAAUCCCUCUCAUUCCUAUUCAUUCCCUCUCAUUCCUUUUCAUUCUCUCUCAUUCCCUCACAUCCGCUCUCAUUCCCUCUCAUCAUCUCUCAUUCCCUCUCAUUCCCUCUCAUUCACUUUCAUCCUCUUUCAGCCCCACUCUUUCCCUCUCAUCCACUCUCAUACACUCUCAACGCCUCUCAUCCAAUCUCACACACUAUUAUUCCCUCUCAUCCCCUCUCAUCCCCUCUCAUACCCUCUUAUCCACUCUCAUUCACUCUCAUUCACUCUCAUACCCUCCCAUCCACUAUCAUAUACACUCUCGUCCACUCUCAUCCCCUCUCAUUCACUUUGAUCGCCUUUCAUCCCCUCUCAUUCCCCCUCAUAACCUAUCAUAUACACUCUCAUCCCUCCACAUACUCUCUUACUCAUUCCGUCUCAUCCCCUCUCAUCCCCUCUUAAACACUAUCAUACACUCUCAUACCCUUCCAUCCACUAUCAGAUACACUCUCAUCCCCUCUCAUACUCUCCCAUACCCACUCAUCCAGUCUCAUCCCUCCUCAUACACUCUCAUACACUCUCAUCCCCUCUCAUCCCCUCUCAUCCCCUCUCUCAUCCCUCCUCAUAAACUCUCAAACACUCUCAUCCCCUCUCUUACACUCUCACACCCUAUCAUCCCCUCUCAUCCCCUCUUAUACACUCUCAUUCACUCUCAUACCCUCCCAUCCACUAUCAUGCACACUCUCAUUCACUCUCGUUCCCUUUCAUCCCCUCUCAUCCCCUCUCAUCCCCUCUCAUCCCCUCUCAUCCCCUCUCAUCCCCUCUCAACCCCUCUCAUUCACUCUCAUACACUCUCUUACACACUCCCAUCCCUCCUCAGCCACUCUCAUACACUCUUAUACACUUUUAUUCACUCUCAUCCCCACUCAUCCACUAUCGUAUACCCUCUCAUCCCCUCAUCCCCUUUCAUCCCCUCUCAUACACUCUGA